AUGAGUUCGCGUGAGUUGCAGUCCCUGUAUGCAGAUCUUAGCCAAAGACUGAAUGUCCCUGUGAGUGGGCAGUUUGUUCCUGAGAGAUUGGGGCAGUCGCCACCUGAUUUGAAUGUGCCAGCUUUCGUGAGACAUCAAGGUAACACGUUACCUGGUGUUCCAGCUGAAAAUGCGAGGAGCAGUGAAGACAAAGACGUCUUUAGUCGCAGUGAGAAGUGGCUAGGGUCUCCACCUACGCCAAAUCAUCAAGCGUGGAAAGGGCGUGAAUCUGAAGUGCUGGGCAUGAAUGCCUAUAUUCACGAGUUGGUUGCAUGGGCGAACCAAGCAAGUGUUGAGUUUGGGAAGGAGAUCGCUCAGGCCGCGCGAUGGCCUACACAGAUUGCAUGGAACACGUUGUCUAAGAGUCAACAAGCGCGAGGAGUUCGUUUGUUUAGUGUGCUGAAGGCAGCGUUUGCAGAUCAUGGGCGGAUAACUCUUAUGAUCCAAAGUUUUGGAGAAGGGCUUGACAUUGUUGCAGUCGCCAUGCAGGGAGAUGUUUUUGGCUAUGAGUCUCAGGGCGAUGCUGAUGGCAAGAACGUUUCGAGCGCAGGACUCGUCAGCUCCAGUCUUUGCCUGAGAGCGCGAAAGCGUAUACGUUACAUCAUUCGCAAGGUGAGACAUAUGCCUCAUAUCGAUCUUCAGCUUUGCGAUGGGAACAUCAGCAGCGUUUGUUCGCCUGAGGCAGGUGAGGGAAUGGAUGGUCACGUCUUUGGCAUGAGUGCUAGGCCUUCUGAUGCUGGGAGCGGUGUGAAGUGCAACCGUUGUGGCAAGAAGGGGCAUCAAGUGAAUCAGUGCACGGCAGACCUUUCCAAGGUUAAGUGCUUCAAGUGCGGAGAGAUGGGCCACAUAUCUUUGAACUGUGCCAAGGGCAAGCAGGGUGAUGUUUCUCAGUCAAGUGCGAGGCCUAAGGGUUCUGAUGGCAAAGGUGCUGCUGCGGCCAAGGGUCAAGAAACGGGGGUUUGGUGGUACACAGAUGCUGAUGAAUCUUUUUACACCGAGGAAGGUGAUGAGCAAGAAGCACAGCAGGUGGACUCCACUCUUGUGUUAUCUUGUGUCAUUGAGUUAACUGAUGAGCCCAAUACGCGUUUUGAAGCUGUCCUUGAAGACAGCGAGUCGGUGUCUGUUGUGCUCCAAGAGCAGUUGUGUCAACCAUUGUUGCAGUCGUUGGGUCAAUCGCUUGGAACUGAGUUUUGGCUGCUUGACUCAGGUGCGUCAUGCUGUGUUAUCAACCACGUGACUUUGAAGACGCUUCCGCAUGAUGAGUUGACUGCAUGUGGUUCGACGUUUAUGGCUGCGAAUGGGACUCCUGUUCCCUUUGAUGGUCGUUGCCAUGUUGUGCUAAAGGUUCGAACAAAGGAUUCAAGUGGAGCUACCAAGAAUGGUGUCUGUAAGAUCCCUGUGAUGGUGGGUGACACUCCUUACAAUAUCCUGUCAACGCGAACUCUUGGAAGGCAUGGCUGGCGUGUUGUCUUGGAUGAAGGCGUUUCUGUGUGUCAUGUGAAGUCGGGUGUUGAUAUGAUUGAUACCUGUAUUUGGUGUGACACGCCUUGGAUCCGCGUGAUUCCUCAUUCAGAAGGUGAUCUCUUGUUGCCGUCGGGUGACUCAGUUGAUCCUGCUCCAAUUUCCUCGAUUGGACAUGUUGCAGUUGUUUCGCAGAAGACCAAGGAAGAUCUUGAAAUUCACAGAGCAAAGGGCCACAUGCCCUUCCAUCCCGAUUGCGAACAUUGUCUGAAGUCCCGAGGUGUUACCCAACACAGGCGAAAGUCUGAGCGCGGAGUUGAAACAGAGAUUGUUGCAGAUUUUACGUUUCUGGACUCUUCUGGAGAGAUGAUCAGCGUGGCUGAGCGCCAGACAAGUAGCUCUUUCAAGGUCCUCGUCCUUCGUGAGGCCUUUUCUUCUUCUAUUGGGGCUGUGAUGAUAACUGAGAACAUUGCAAAAGACAGAGGUCUUCUUUUGAAGUGGCUUGCUGAGUUUGGGAUGUCGUCCUCACAAGCAAGCAUUGUGCUUUUGACAGAUUCCGAAGAAGCGGUGAAGUCGUUUGUUGCAGGUGCGUCGGAUAAGUACAUUUUUAUGGUGCGCAAGGCUGCGCCACAGGCUCAUGAACAGCUUGGUGGUGCGGAAAGGACAGUCCGGGUCCUUAAAGAAGGGCUAGCUACCUUGCAAAGUGAUUUUCAGUCGCUUGGUUGCGUUUUGUCGUUUCGGAGAGACUUGCUGCAGCUUGCACUUUCUUACCUGUGCAUGAGUGUGAAUGCGAAUGGCAAAGCUUUUGGCGGUGAACGCUCUCCAAAGGAGGUUGCAGUUGGUCGAAGGUUGCCAGAUACCCCUUUUGCGUUGUUUGGGUCCAAGGUGCUUGCUGAGGUCUUGACGCCAAAGGUGUUUGUUGCCAAGUCGAUCAAGCUUGUGUUUCCGAUUGAGCUUGUCUUCGAGUCGGGGAUGUUUGAAGUUUUGCGUCGUCGUGGUGAGCUUGGGCCUGAGAGGCCAGAUCAUCCAGUUGCGCCUCGGAUUCUUCCGAGUUCCCAGGGUGCCUCUUUGAAGUGUCCUGUUUCCGGUCCGCCAAAGGAGUUUUUUGAGAGGUAUGGGUUCUCAGGUGAGUGCCGAGCGUGUUCCAACAUGGCACAAUUUGGGUCUAGGAAGGGCUCUUCUCACGGUCGGGCUUGCUGUUUGAGAUAUGAAGCGUGGUUGCGGUCGCAAGUUGCAACAGAUGACAGCAUGGACGUUGAAGUGCCUGUGGCUUCGGAUGCAGAGGCUAUGCGUGAAGCUCUUUCUGAGCUAGCCGAGGAUGAGUCGAGGCAAGACCGAGCUGUGGAGGAGGCUCAGGGUUCUCCUUUGCCUCCCCCGGCCAGUGGGGACGCUGCUUCGUCUGAGGCUCCAGCGAGGAUUGUGAGCGAGGCGGCCCCUAGUGGUCGUGUUUUCACGCGUGGUUGUCCUGCGUGCGAGUCUGGCAUGAAUGCUCCUGGCAUUCGUCACAAUGCUGAUUGCAAGCGAAGGAACCAACAUCUGAGUGUUAGAUUUUCUGUUUCUGGGGAGCCCGAUGAUGACGAAGCUUCAUCCAGGCGUCUGCCUGAAAAUCUUGAAGGAGCUGCUGCUCCUGAGUCUGAGGGCAUUGGGGCUCUUGAUGAGGACACUGAGAUGCCGUUUGCCGAUCCAGUGUUGACUGGAAGUGAAGGCGGAGGCAGCCUAGAGGCUGAAGAAGUGCUUCGUGGAAGCAGUGCUGUGAAACGCUCCUCUGAAGUCCCGUUGGAAGAUCUGGAGCGUGAGAUCAGGCAGGACCAAGAAAGGGUUGCUUCAGUUAUGGUUACCUUCCACAAUUGCGAAACAGGGAAUGAUGUUCACAUGCCUCUUGCGAGUUUUGUUGAGCAGGCGUUCCAGGUUUCCAAUUAUGUCCCUUUGCUUUCAGGGCUUGUGGAUUCGGUUCAGUUCGCCCCGAACUCUACGAGUGUUGUUUUGCCGUUUGGGAAAAGGUCGCAUUUGAGACUUUGGAAGCCUAGUUCCGCUGUUGAUGACUCUACCUUGGGUGAGCUUUCAGGAGAUCAGGUCAUGGAAGGCAUGGUCAAAGAAGUCAACAAUUUGAGUCACAUGGAAACUGGGGAUCUGUUGACUGCUUCAGAACUUCAGAGUCUUGAGAAGAGGUUCCCAGGUACCUUGAAGGUCAUCCCUAGUCGUUGGGUCACGACGCAGAAAACACCAACUACUGUGCGAGCUAGGAUUGUCAUCAAGGAUAUUGCUGGCAAGAACUCAGAGUCUGCAAGGGCUUUGGGCAUUUCAAGUCCUACUCCUAGUGCCGAUGCUUUGUUCACGGUUCUUGGGGUUGCAGGUUGCAGAGAUUGCGUGAUUGCGAGCGCUGAUGUAUCUCACGCUUUCAUGGCUACGCCUUUGAGGGAAAGGGAUGUGGUUAUGAGGUUUCCUCUGUCAGUGUCUUCGGUUUCGGGGGAUCCUUUGUAUCUUCACCUCAACAAAGCCCUCAAUGGGCUACGCAAGGCUUCGCAAGAAUGGAUUUACUUCGUAGGGGAGACUGUGAAGGUUUUGGGGCUUCAAAGUUGCAGCUUAGAGCCGUGUCUGUUUUCAGGCAUGCUUGAGUCAGGUCCCUGUUUGCUGUUGGUCUAUGUGGAUGAUUUUCUGUGCAUUGCGCCAACAAAGGAGGAUGUAGAUCACAUCUUUGGAGUGAUUGAGGAGAAAGUUGAACUCAAGAGAACUGGGUUGAUCAAUUCUUCCAAGGAUGGCGGUGGCACUUUGCGGUUCAUUGGUAGGGUUAUCUCCAGGAGAAAGGGGGAGUCCUCUAUCACAGUGUCUUUGCCAGAAGAUUAUUUGGAUGAGACCUUCAAGGCUUAUGGUCUUUCGGGAAAAGGUUCCUCAAGUCCCCCAGAUGUAGCGGUUCAUGUUGAGAAGCUCGAUGGGGUUCCAUUGUCUCCUGAGGCGUAUGCCAGGUUCAGGUCUGCGUUGGGGAAAGUAGCUUGGAUGACGCAGACUCGUCAGGACUUGCGUGCUUAUGUGUCAAUCUUGGCAACGCAGCAAGCCACACCCACGAAUCAUACUGAGCAUGGUCUCCGAGCCUUGCUUCGAUUUCUGAAGAACGACAUGUGCGUGGUUGUGCGGUUGCCUGCUGCGAGUGAUGUGUUGGCUCCCUCGCAACACUACCAAGGAAAGAGGCACCUUGUGUGUUUCUCUGACGCAUCGCAUGCGCCUUUGAGGUGCACGAAGCGCCGUGGAAUCAGUGGAGGAGUGUUGACACUUGAUGGCUGCGUGAUAAAGACUUUGUGUCGUCACCAACAGCUUGUGUCGCUGUCGUCUAUGGAGUCAGAGCUGUUUGCGUUGCAGUCGGUUGCUCAAGAAAUGUCGAGUCUUGGAAAGUUCAUGGCAAGGGUCUUCAUGUCGUUUCGAGAAAGCGAGGAAGUUGAAUUGCCUGGGAUACUUUACAGUGACUCAGAAAGCGCUUUGAAGCUUCUUCGCAAUUUGGACACACCCAGGCAAAGCAGACAUCUUGAGAUAAGAGUCGAGUGGCUUAAAGCUCGUGUCGCAGCGGGUUCUUUGGUCCUUGCGUUUAAGAAGGGAAUCGAAAAUCCGUCAGACCUCUUGACUAAAUGUUUGGGGUCCUCGGCUUUCGGGAUACAUCGCGAAGCGUUGGGCUUUGAGUCGCUGUCGGGACCACUUGCGUCUUUGUGCAAUCAUGAGAAGAGAUUGGUGAUGGUUGAAGUGUGCUGUCGACCGCAGUCGAGUGUUCAAGGUGCAUGUCGCAGAGUCGGGAUGAGUUACGUUGGCGUGACUGAGAACAUGCAGAGUGACAGCGUGUUCAAAGAGGUGCGUCGAUAUCUUCUGAACUUUGCGUGUGACUGCGUGUUUGUGCAUGUGUCCACGCCUUGCUCUUCUGGAUCUUACUUGCGUCGGUUCUCUGGCGGGAGCUCGUCGAAGUCGGAUUGGGAAUGGUUUGAGGUGUUUCCUUGUGUGUUGAAGUACUUGAAGCUUGGGAAGCACUCGAGCUUUGAGCUGCCAUGGAACAAUGAGAUUUGGCAACAUGACUUGUGCCAGAAGGUGCUGAAGAAGGCAGGCCACACGUUCGAUGUGCCGGUGAGGUUGGGUGGACCGAAACAGGUUUUUACACUCCGAAACUCGCUGAUGCGAUUGUUCGAGGUGCGAACUCGUGCUGCCAUGGUUCUCACGACCGAUGAGCGCAGGGAGCUGCGCCGUUUGCUGGAUAAGAUGGAUUCUGCAGAUGGCUUGGCUUCGACUGCCAAUACUUCUAUGACCGAUGGGACCAAGCGUCUCAGAGAUGUGGGUGGAUAUCCAGAGGAUGGGUCUACUGCAUCAGGUUCUGCUUGCGGUGCCCAGCUGCCGAUUUCAAAGGGAAGCGCAAAGGGUGUCGUGAGCACGCCCAAGUGUUAUGAAGACCUCGUCGAUGCCUUCGAGGGGGAAGAGUUUGGGGAGAGUGACAAUGUGAUUGUCGUGAGCUAUGCGGGUACUGAGGUCACCUCGGUGCCACUUCCGAGUGAUCUCUCCGUGGAGGAUUGGGGUCGAACAAUCUGCGAUCUGCCAAAGGUCCAGAAGAAUAAGACUUGGUUUAAGAAGUCCUAUGCGGCCUUGGUCAAGCUAUCCAAGGAGGAUAGCGACCUUGCAAGCUAUCUCAAUUGGGUCAAGGAGAAAUUUGGUCGCAGUUACGAUCCGACGACCCCAUCCAGUCAAGCCUCGGACCUUGCGGGGUAUUUGAUGAGGAUUGGUUUUUCAAAGCAGAAGGGAUUCCAGCGCAAACUGGCGGAGGAGUGA